GCCCAAUCAGGACUAGUGGCGCACACUACGAAUUACCAAAGAAUCCGCGGGUCAACGAAUCUUCCUCAUCUUCGACAGCCGCCAACCCGACCUUUUUUCCCCUCGACACCGCUUCCUCGUCGAGACAACACCGCAACAAUGGCCACCGAGUUGACCGUCCAGUCCGAGCGCGCUUUCCAGAAGCAGCCUCACAUCUUCCUCAACGCUAAGAGCAAGGCCUCCAGCAAGAAGUCCACCUCCGGUCGCCGCUGGUACAAGGAUGUCGGUCUCGGUUUCCGUACCCCCAAGACCGCCAUUGAGGGCUCCUACAUCGACAAGAAGUGCCCCUUCGUCGGCCAGAUCUCCAUCCGUGGCCGUAUCCUGACCGGCAAGGUCGUCUCCACCAAGAUGCACCGUACCAUCGUCAUCCGCCGUGAAUACCUUCACUACGUCCCCAAGUACAACCGUUACGAGAAGCGCCACAAGAACCUGUCUGCUCACGUCUCCCCCGCUUUCCGUGUUGAGGAGGGUGACUGGGUUACCGUCGGCCAGUGCCGUCCUCUGUCCAAGACCGUCCGCUUCAACGUGUUGAAGGUGUUGCCCCGCACUGGCAAGGCUGUCAAGUCUUUCGCCAAGUUCUAAGUGUUGGAUAAUUGGGUUCUCGAAGACAUAACGGCGAAGGAAGCGGUAUGAUUUGGAUACAGGAAAUCCUCGGGUGGGGAUUGGGAUAGUUUACGAGUUUCCAUGUCCCAGAUACCUCGCUGAAGAAUGAGUGUAUCCACGCAAAAAGCAAAAAUAUUUCUUCAAUCUUCUUGCGAUGGAAACUGUACAACAGCUCUGGUCAAAAAAAAAGACUGACC